AUGCCGAGCUCCGGACGGACGUGGCAGACUUCGGUCCCAGGGGAAAACGAGGGUUGGCAAGAGAUUGUGAUAAGACAGAGAGUACGGACAUACGAAAAGAGAAAACCUCGAGUCCGGUUAUCUCAGCAAAGCAUCGAUUGUCCUUGGUGCGCUGGGUCCAAUGUCUUUUACCCUUCACUGCGGAAGAGCAAACAAGCGGCGGGCAGCGGUUUGGGCGAACUCUUCAUCUCAAGAACCCGCUCGGCGCACAGAGGCAUGUCUGACAGCAAGUCAGCCAAGGUCAAGAACGGCGUGUCGAGAACCGAACUUCUCGUCCAAGGUACGGAUACCUCAGGUAGUAUCCGCCCUAUACCCUUAUCUCGUAUCUUGAGCCUGAUCGUGAACCUGAAAAGGCGACCUGGUUAG